AUGCUUAACUUCAUCCCAAAGGCAAGCGCUGCUUUUGCCAUUUCCUUUGCGACCCUCUCACACAUCCGACUGGAACGCCUAAUCAUUGAGGACGCUAAUAUCAAAGCCCCAUGCUGGUUUUCCCGCAGAAGGAGUGAUUUUUUUCAUAUCCCCGCCCAGAUCCUCCGCGUCCUCCUCAAAGUCAUCUUCGCUCCCAUAUGCGUUCUUAUCCCACAUGUCAUCUUUGAGAAUAUCUCGAGCUACGUCAGAGACACUUGGGCCUUCGAACUCGCAUCCACGCCUGACGCAGUACUGACUACCGCUCCAAGCGGUGGUACGGGAACUUACGCACCCACAGGUUCUACUCCACGGUGGCUGCUGAGCGUCCAAAUCGUAGAUGGUGCGAUUGCAGGCGUACAACAAGUCGCCUGGUCGGAGGAGGUUAGGAACCAGGGUUACACCGCUCUCAGC